AUGUCCACCCGUAAGAGAAAGCAAGAGCUCGAAGAAGAGGAGGAGCUUCAGGCCCUCCCUAGUGACGAGAGCGAGGAAGAGGAGGAGUAUGAAAGCUCAAAUCUCGACGAAAGCGAAGGAAGUGAGGAAGAGGAAGAAGAUGCCUCCGAGGAUGAUGUAGAAGGCGAAGAAGAGGAGCCGGAAGGCCCUCCCGCACCCAAGAAGCGAAAGACAGCCCCUGCAGCCGAAGCCCCAGCCGAAGACGAAGAAGAAGAGGAAGAAGAGGCUGAAGCCAACGGCAAAGCCGGCGAGAACGGCUUCGACGAUGAGGAAGGCGAAGACAAGGACGAGGACGCUGAGGCCGAGGGCGAAGACGACGAGGACGUCGAGCAGACGGCAAAGUCUAGCGCUCCCGCUACAAAGGUCAAGGGUGAUGCAGCUGCUACCGAGGACACGAAGGCUACUGCGGAGGCGAAGGCUUAA